AUCCUUUUGUCUAUACACGCUUCAUACAAUCCUGACUUUUUACCUUCUCUGUCUCCCACUGCGAUGAACGCAAGGAACACGAGCCUCGGAGCGUUCGAGACAUGUACCAGGAAUCAAUGUCUUGCCCUCAAGCUCGAACCCGCCGAUCCCAAAAGAAAAUCCUCCUUCUCCAUCCUCGCAUCUCCUCGUUUCGAAGGAAUCAGAUUUGUACGUUUCUGGAAAAUGCUAUCCAUUGCUAUGCCGCACUGGAAAGAAGCAAGGGAACCCAUUCGCUUGUCAAGAAAGUAA